AGAAGGACGAAGACAAAGCAAGAUGGCGUCUUACGGAGACGACGUUGUUGCGGUUAUGUAGUUCUUUGGUCAUGAUACGUGCAUACAUGUACACAUUUACGUCGUAUAAUAGAGUAGACAUCGGUAAUAAUUGUUUAUAUUUUGAUAAAGUAGUCGGGGCGCACUUUGAAGCUCCUCGUGCCAACUUAGCUUGCACGUUAGCUUAGCUUGUUAGCUGCUAACAAUGCGACGCAGAAGUUUUCAACACAUUUUUAGUAGAGAUCACAUGUGAGUGUAAAGUGUUGUGAUUGUGUGAAAAUGUGCGAAAGAACGAUAGCAAAGUACGAGGAGGAACUUUGUCCAACAAAAGAGGAGAAGGAGCGACAACAUCAACUACAGGACGCUGUUUUCAAGAAACAUCAAGUUGUGUUACACAGAACAGACGUCUGUGAAGAACAUCUUGUAUGUGAGCAGCAGAAGUGGAGCUUCAACAUGGACCAGAAGGAGCCACAUUCCUCCCACAUUAAAAAGGAAGACGAGAUGCCACAGAACCUCCACCAUAAAAGGGAAGAGGAGGACCCACUGACCCCUCAAAUUAAAAAAGAAAAGGAGGCGCCACAGACCUUGCACAUUAAAAAAGAAAAGGGCCCACCGAACCGCCAAUUUGGAGAAAUACAGGAGGCAUCACAGCCCCCGCACAUUAAAGAAGAAGAGGCGGAAUACAGCAUCAGGCAGGAGGGAGAUCAUAUUGAAGGACUGGUGGAGUUCCCAGUGACUGGUGUCCCUGUGAAGAGUGAAGAGAAGAGAGAGGCGGAGCCUCCAAGCAGCAGCUCAACACAACACAUGACAACAGAAGCUGAUGGAGACCACUGUGGAGGAUCACAAGCAGACAAGCUCUUAGCUCCACUAUCAGAUAGUGAGGACACAACGUCACACUCUCCUGACACUGAUGAUGAAGACUCUAAAGAUGAUAAGACAUGUCACACUGACAACACUCACUUCAAAUGUUCUCACUGUGACAAAACAUUUAAUGCCCGUUGCAGUCUGAAAAGACACACAAGAACACACACGGGAGAAAAACUUUUUUCCUGCUCAGAUUGCGGUAAACGUUUUGCACGAAAAGACGUCUGUGAAAAACAACUUGUCCCUGAGCAACAGAAGUGGAGCUUCAAGAUGGACCAGGAGGAAUCACGUCCCUCCCACAUUAAAAAGAAAGACCAGACCCCCCACAAUAAAAAGGAAGAGGAAGACCCACUGAUCCCUCACUUUAAAGAGGAAAAGGAGGUGCCAGAGACCCUGCACAUUAAAAAAGAAAGGGACCAACUGACCCUCCGAGUCAAAGAGGAAGAGGAGGAACACAGCAUCAGUCAGGUGGGAGAGAAGCGUGAAGGACUGGAGGAGGUUGAUGUCACCAAGAUACCAGUGACUGGUGUCCCUGUGAAGAGUGAAGAUGAUGAGGUCAAAGGUGAAAGUGAGGAGAAGAGAGAGGCGGAGCCUCCAAGCAGCAGCUCAACACAACACAUGACAACAGAAGCUGAUGGAGACCACUGUGGAGGAUCACAAGCAGACAAGCUCUUAGCUCCACUAUCAGAUAGUGAGGACACAACGUCACACUCUCCUGACACUGAUGAUGAAGACUCUAAAGAUGAUAAGACAUCUCACACUGACAACACUCACUUUAAAUGUUCUCACUGUGACAAAACCUUUCAUGGCCGUUGUAGUCUGAACAGACACAAGAGAACACACACAGGAGAAAAACCUUUUUCCUGCUCGGAAUGCGGUAAAGAUUUUGCACGAAAGGAUACGUUGAAAGACCACAUGAGAAUACACACUGGAGAAAAACCGUUUUCCUGUUCAAUCUGUGGUAAAGGUUUUAGACAAAAUCAGUGUUUGAAAGAACACAUGAAAAUACACAGUGGGAAAAAACCUUUUUCCUGUUCAAUUUGUGGUAAAGAUUUUGUACAACGACAGUCUGUAAAAGUACACAUGAGAACACACACUGGUGAAAAACAGAUUUCGUGCUCAAUCUGUGGAAAAGGUUUUGCGCGAAGCGGGUAUUUGAAAAUACACGUGAAAUUACAUACCGGAGAGAAAACUUUUACCUGUUCAGUCUGUGGUAAAGGAUUUGUACAAAAUCAAAAUUUGACAGUACACAUGAGAACACACACCGGUGAAAAGCCAUAUUCCUGUUCAAUCUGUAACAGACGUUUUUCUGACCGAUCAGCAUUUGUAGUACACUUGAGAGUGCACACUGGUGAAAAACCUUAUUCCUGUUCGAUCUGCAACAAAAACUUUUGUGGCCGUUCAACACUUGGAAGACACAUGAGAACACACACAAGAAAGAAAGUACUGAGUUGCAGUGUGUGUGGUGAAAGGUUCUCUCAUAAGACGCUGGUUAAGAAACACAAGUGUGCUGGUGAGAACAGCAGCAACAAAUGAAGCUGCAGGGUUUGAAAUAAACUGUCAUAACUUUAACUUUGUCUUCCUAAAAACAUCAGCAAUUUAACACAUGACAUUGUUGUGUGUGUAACACAAUCUUGUUAAUGUUUAUAGAUUAGAUAUUUUUAGAUUAGUACUUUCUUCAGUUAAAGGCCUACUGAAAUGACAUUUUUUUUAUUUAAACGGGGAUAGCAGAUCCAUUCUAUGUGUCAUACUUGAUCAUUUCGCGAUAUUGCCAUAUUUUUGCUGAAAGGAUUUAGUAGAGAACAACGACGAUAAAGUUCGUAACUUUUGGUCUCUGAUAAAAAAAAAGCCUUGCCCCUACCGGAAGUAGCGUGAUGUAGUCAGUUGUACACCUCCUCAUAUUUUCCUAUUAUUUUCAACGCAGCUAGAGCGAUUCUGACUGAGAAAGCGACGGUUACCCCAUUCAUUUGAGCGAGGAUGAAAGAUUCGUGGAUGAGGAACGUUAGAGUGACGGACUAGAAUGCAGAGAAAGACAUAUCUUUUUUCGCUCUGACCGUAACUUAGGUACAAGCUGGCUCAUUGGAUUCCACACUCUCUCCUUUUUCUAUUGUGGAUCACGGAUUUGUAUUUUAAACCACCUCGGAUACUAUAUCCUCUUGAAAAUGAGAGUCGAGAACGCGAAAUGGACAUUCACAGUGACUUUUAUCUCCACGACAAUACAUCGGCGAAGCUCUUUAGCUACUGAGCUAACGUGAUAGCAUCUGUCUCAAAUGCAGAUAGAAACAAAAGAAAUAAAUCCCUGACUGGAAGGAUAGACAGAAGAUCAACAAUACUAUUAAACCAUGGACAUGUAACUACACGGUUAAUAAUUCUCAGCCUGGCGAAGGUUAACAAUGCUGUUGCUAAUGACGCUGAAGCUAACUUAGCAACCGGACCUCACAGAGCUAGGCUAAAAACAUUAGCGCUCCACCUACGCCAGCCAGCGUUCAUCUGCUCAUCAACACCCGUGCUCACCUGCGUUCCAGCGAUCGACGGCGCGACGAAGGACUUCACCCGAUCACAGAUGCGGUUGGCGGCUAGCAUCGGUUGGUGGCUAGCAUCGGUUAGCGAGUCUGCUAUCCAAGUAAGUCCUCUUGUUGUGUUGCUACAGCCAGCCGCUAAUACACCGAUCCCACCUACAACUUUCUUCUUUGCAAUCUCCAUUGUUCAUUAAACAAAUUGCAAAAGAUUCACCAACACAGAUGUCCAGAAUACUGUGGAAUUAUGAAAUGAAAACGGAGCUUUUUGUAUUGGCCUCAUUGGGGGAGCCAUACCUCUGUUCUACUGGCUACGUCACGCGCAUACGUCAUAUCCAAAGGAGUUUUUCAACCGGAAGUUUAGCGGGAAAUUUAAAAUUGCACUUUAUAAGUUAACCCGGCCGUAUUGGCAUGUGUUGCAAUGUUAAGAUUUCAUCAUUGAUAUAUAAACUAUCAGACUGCGUGGUCGGUAGUAGUGGCUUUCAGUAGGCCUUUAAGUACAUGCAUUAAUAUGCAACAUUGUGUACUGAAAUGAACAUAAUUUGGCUGAAAAGGUGAGAGUAAACCGUACAAAAUAGGUUACAUACAAUAAAAAAAACAUGUUAUGUUUAUAUAUAUUCCUAAUAGACUUUUAUACUUAUUCUUUGUAGGGUUUUUAAUAUUGCUUGUAUUCCGUUAUGUGACUUCUUCCCAGAAGUGAAAAACAAGCCAAGAUGGCAGCGUGCAAACUAUCCGAGUAUGCAAGGGGCCUAGAUAUUCCUGCAAAAAGCAGAUACGAGCAAAAAAAUCCAACUAUGCAACGAAAUAGAUCCUGUACUUGAUCAAAAAAAGAUUUGUUGAGUGAUAUCAGGGAUUAUACGUCGGUGCUGUUCUCAGACAUACGGAACUAUUGUGCUCCAGACAUCAUUCUACACGACAAAGCAGAUGGAAACUUGUAAAAGCACGGAGGUCUACAACUUCUUUGUGUGUGUCUGGGUCAGGGACAUUGGUAUCAAGACUCUCUCGGAUAAAUAUGCGUAGUUUUUGCUCGGGCGAGGUUGCAUUUCAUGAUUUAACUUUGCGUGUUGCGAGGACGCGUCCACGUAAACAAACAGAGACUACCAGCACCUGUGACUUCUUAUCAAUUAAACUAACAAUUACUGAAUCAUCACCAUAUUUAAUUUUUGUCCUGCUGUCAUAUGUACUUUGACACAUUUGUGUACAAAAUUAACAAGAGGGGAGACACAGAAUUACCUUUCCUGACAAAGUAUCAUUGACCCCGACUUUCUGGUUUUUGUUUGUUAAAAAAAUACAUACAAUAUCAAGAUAAUAUUUAAAUGGGAAAUAAUAAACGUUAAAGAGAUGUCAAAAAACCUUUUACGAACUGGUCACUCGUGGGUUCUUUCACUCUGCUUCCUUGGAGUGGCGUGCGUGCUAUUUUGUCGUCUUUCUUGAUUACCUCUCGGGGAACUCUGAUGAAACUUUAAUCGUUUUUGCGAUUUGAAGGGUUUGUACAGCCGAAAAGAACACAAGCAUAGGGCUUUUUUUUUCUUUCAAGAAAGUACCCAUUGAGAACUGGCUCUGGCUUGACCACCACGCAUAUUUAAUUCCGAGACGUGAGCCGGGCGUGACGUCAUUUAAAUAGGUUUUUGAAAUAAU